UGACAUGAUGUUGCUGUAACGAAAGGAAGCUGAGGCUGGUCAACCAUUUCAUUAAGUGUUGGAUGAUCGAGGCACAGGUUGGUUGAGGAGCAUUAUGGAGAGGAGAAAAGAGAAAGUGAUUCAAAUCAAAUCUGUUGAUAAUUAGAUGGAAGUUUUUUUUAAUAAUAUAAAGGAUGAUCAUAUUGUUGCCUGAAACAGGCAGCUGAGGGGAAAGGAACAAAAGCUGUAAAAUGCCCAAAUCUGGGUCUGCCAGAACAGCACAGACUGAAAGCUCUGAUUGCAACAGCAACAUGGUUGAAAAACAGACUGGAAGAAAGAAUAAAGAGAAAGUUUCAUCCUACAACAGGACACCUAAAAUAGACCGCAGUGAAUUGGAAAAGGAAGUGAAAGAGAAAACUUCUAUGAAACGUAAACUACCUUUCACUGUUAGUCCAUCCAGGAGUGAGCAGAGGGAAUCAGACACAGAUUCAGAUCCAGGACACUCAAGUGAAACCUGGGGAGAACGAUUAAUACCACCUUAUAGGACAUACUCUGAAAAAGAAGGUCCUGAGAAAAAGAAAAUGAAAAAGGAGCCUGGAAAUAAAAAAUCCGUUCCUGUUUGCAAAGCCACGCUUGGUGGCAUACUUAUUGGGUAUCCACUGUCGGAACGUCAGCAGAUGGCUCUAGUGAUGCAGAUGACUGCAAGAGAUAACAGUCCAGAUUCUACUCCGAACCACCCAUCUCAAGCAACACCAGGGCAGAAAAAAACUCCAAGCUCCUCAUCCAGACAAAAAGACAAAGUUAAUAAACGAAAUGAGCGAGGAGAAACACCAUUACACAUGGCAGCCAUUCGUGGUGAAACCAAGCAAGUCAAAGAGCUCAUCAGUCAGGGUGCUGAUGUUAAUGUCAAAGACUUUGCUGGCUGGACUCCACUACAUGAAGCCUGCAACUUGGGUUUCUAUGAAGUUGCUAAACAGCUAAUACUAGCAGGGGCAGAUGUGAACACCCAGGGACUUGAUAAUGAUACUCCUCUGCAUGAUGCUGCAAGCAAUGGACACAGAGAUAUUGUGAAACUGCUUUUGCGCAAUGGUGGGGAUGCAUAUCAAAUGAAUCACCGUGGAGAGCGUCCCGUGGAUGUAGCUGAUUCAGAUGAAAUGGAGCAGCUUCUGAAAGGAGAGCUUCCUCUUUCUGAUGAUGAAGAUGAUGACAGUUGUACAGAAUCUGAAGAGUUACCUUCUGUGAAUCCAUCUAGUGUGGACGACAAUGUGGAUGAUUCCGAACCAGAAAAAGAAUUAAAAACUGAUGCCAAUCAGCAAUUGACGCCCUGCAAAUCAAUUGCGUCAUCUGCACUGGAUGAAUAUGAAUUCAAGGAUGAUGAUGACGAGGAAGAUGAAGAAGUAGAAGAAAUGGGCAAGCUUGUAGAUCAGAAAAGGAUUCGAAGAAAGGAUGGUAAAAAGAAUACCAUAAAAGAAAACAGCAGCUAUUUAACGCCACCAAAGCUAGAAUUGCAGAAACCAUUCAAAAUUAAAAAGCAGAAAGCAGCAAGAGUUCUUGUUUCAUCUAGCUCUGAAAGCUCAGACGAAGAGCUACAUCAAGAGAAAAAAACUUGUUCAGCAAGCUCUCUAGAGGUUGUUCCAGAUAGCAGUAAAUCUGAUGUAAGGACUAAGAAAGAAAAUCUGGUUACCAUUGAACAGAAAGAGAAAGGAAAAGGGAAGAAAAAGAUGAAGAAACAAAGUAAAAACAAAGAGAAUCAGGAGUUCAAACAGGAGAAAGAAGAGAAGGAAAAUGCUAAAUUGAUGCUUUUCUCCACUUGCUCUGAUUUGGACUCAUUAGAACGUACAAGAGAGGAAGAUUCGUUCAGGAAGUCUUUGUGUAUGAAAGAUGAUUCUUCAGGUCAUCAGUUCCACCUUUCAACUGCCAAGUCACCUAAACAUGCAUGUGGAUUAAGUGAAAAACGAGCAAAACCACUUAAACAGGAAAAUGCCAAAACAGGCCCAUCUUCAGGAGGCUCAGACAUGUCUUUUCAGUCUGAAGUUGUGCGAUUUGAUCAUCUUACAGACUCUGACUACACCUCUGAGAGUUCCAGCAACAAGUCUUUUAAGUACAAAGCAAAGACUAAGCAUCGCAAAAAGGGUCUACACGUGGAAUUUGUUGAUAAGUCUGGACAGAGAAGCAAAGAGGAAGAGACGGGCAUGUUUGAUAACAUGGAAGAAGUGCUUAAAAAGACAGACAAGGAUGGCAAAGUUAUAAAAAAGCAUAAGCUAAAGCAUAAAGAUAAAGAGAAAAACAAAAUUAAAAAAGAGCAUGAAAAUGAAAGAGGAAAACAUAGACAAAAAGAGGGUGAAAAAGAUGUAUACCCUGAGUUUGAUAGAGAAUACUGGAAAGAGAACUUUUUCAAAAAUGAUGACACUAAUGAAACAUUCAAAGAUGAAAACUCUGAUUUAGCCCCAUCAGAAAAGUCAUUGAAAGAUAAAACUCCAAUUAAAGAAGAGAAAACAAAGGAGAAGUAUUUUAAAGAAGAAAAAUCUUUCAAAGAGGACAGAGAAAAGGAAAAGUCUAAAAAGAAUAAAAAAGAAAAACACUCUAAAGAAGAAAAAGAAAUUAAACUUACCAAUCUGGAAGAAAGAAAGGAAAUUGUGCUUGCAGACAAAGAUGACUCAAUUUACUCAAGUGUCAUUGUGAAAAAAGAGCACACUGAAUUAUCUGAGAAGGAGAAAGGUACAGAUAAAGACAAAUCUGAUACUCCAGAUAGAGAAAAGAAGGAAAACAAAGAGAAAAGUGAAAAGAAGUCCCCAACUAAAGAAAGAGAGUUGGAAAAGUUAGAGAAAAAAUAUUCUGAUAGAGAGAAGAAAAUAAAACAUGAAAAUAGAUUGGAGAAAGAGAAACCUGAGUUUCAUGAAAAAUCACAGGAAAAAACAUUUAGUAAGUUACAAGACAGUGGAGAGAGAACAAAAGAAAAAGAUCGAUCUAGCAACUUGUACCCGACUACAGAGAAGAUCCACCGGGAAAAUGAUAAAUUGAAGAAUAUAUUCUCAGUUAGAAAACCUGAUGAGAAAGAAAAGAGUAAGGAAAAAUUAGAGAAAAAGCAUGAGAGAGAAAAAAGUGAAAGGGAGCGCCACUGUAGUGGGAUGAAGGACAAAGUGGAAAAAGAAAAACAUGCUACAGAGAAGAAGGCAAAAUUAUCUGAAAAAGAUUUGCAAGAUGUCACUCCUAGUAAAGCUGUCAAAGUGAAGGAAAAAGACAGAGAUACAGAAAAGGAGAAGAAGAAAGAGAAGUCGAGGGAAAGAGAGGGUGACCUUGUGACAAACUCCAAGCACUUGCAAGACGAGAAGAAACGUAACACUGUUGAGGGUAGCAAAGCAUCUCAUGAUAAAUUAUUUUCCUCAAAGGAUAAAAUCAAGGAGGACUUUCUUAAAACUCCUGAAACAAGAGAGAAGGAAAGGAAGGAAAAAGACAGACAAAAAGAGAGAGUGCCAGUAAAUGCCACUGUUAAAGCAAAGCUUAAAGAAGUAGAAGCUGACAAACUGAAGUCUAAAGACUCUAGUUCUGCAAAGGACGUGCGGCCAAAAGAGAAGCGGCUAGUAAAUGAUGACUUAAUGCAGACCAGUUUUGAAAGGAUGCUCAGUCUAAAGGAUCUAGAAAUUGAACAAUGGCACAAAAAGCACAAAGAGAAGAUAAAGCUCAAAGAAAAGGAAAGACAGAGGCAUCGAUCUGGCAUUGAGCUCACAAAAAUAAAAGAACGAGAAAAACUGAAGAGUUCAACAGCAAACAAAGAACUUACUAGAUCAAAAAGUUCAGAUCCAUCAGAAGCGCACUCUAAAGACAAGCAGCUGAAAGAUGUUAACAAUGUGAGAUCAUUGUCCACCGAUGCAAAACAAAAUUUGCCAGAUACACCAAGACCUUUCAUAAGUUGUGAAAGUAAUUUAACUGCAUCUCCCAGACAAGAACGUGAUCGGGCAGGGCUAACGUCAAGAUCUAUAUCAAUGAUUUCUGUUGCAAGUUCUGAAGAUUCUUGUCAGACUUCAGCUGUAGCAACGCCACGGCCUUUAACAGACUAUGAUUCAGAUUUCACUAUUGAGGGUUCUGAGUCUCAGUCUUCCUUUUCUCAAUCAGUAUUUCUGUCCAGUGCCAAAUCACCUGCUGUAUAUGACCGAGACUCUGAUGUUUUAGCUGAAUUGCCAGAUCGACUUAAAUCACCAUACUCCAGUAAACUUUCAGGAUCUUAUCUGAGAUCAGUCUCUGCUGACAAUGCUAGAUAUGAGAAUGAGUGCCGAUUAGUUGGCGAUAUUCGGAGAUGUAGUAUACCAGCUAUUGCAAAUGAACAUGAUAAACCGUCCCACAAGCAACUUGAAGGUAACCUGCCGCUUUCAAGUGAAAAACAAUAUAGUUUUUCACCAGCAGUGCAACCUCAAGCCUGUACUUCUCCUCGACCAGAACCACUUCCAGACAGUGGCACUGAAGAGGGCACAUUUAAUAGUACUUCCUGUUUACAACCUUCUGUUUCCACACCGCCUGCUGUCAUUGUGCCAAGCAGCACUAAUUAUUUAGCGCAGGAUGCAAAUCCCAACAGCAUAAUUCAAAAUACUUCCCAGCAGAUGACCGUGGUACAGCCACAACUAAACUGCUUGAUUGGUAGCAUUCAGCCAAAUAAACCAUUGGAAAUGUCUUAUGAUAGGCUUGAUCCUCCUCCACACAGUAAUAAUGAUGGGUAUUCCUCUUCAGCUUGUGAGAAAAACAGUUUUAGCCCAUUACAUGUUUCACAAGAGUGGGGAUGUUCAGAGCAGUUGACAUCAGAAUUGGUAUCAAAGUCCCCACAGAUACCUUGCAGUGAGCCUUCCCAAGUGGCAAAUCUCCAAGAACCACCAUCUUAUUUUUCACCUACACAUUCUUCCAAUACAUCAUGUAUGAGGUCAUCGCUAGAUAAUGAUAUUACCCCUCGAGUUCUCUUUUGGUCAAAAUGUGGAACUCAAGAAGAUUUACCACAAACUCAAACUUUGCAAGAUACAGAUCAGUCUUUAGUUUCAUGCAAACCACACUCGGAGUGUGCGGGAAUGGCUGAUGGAAAGGAUACUAAAUAUCCUUCUCUUGAUUCAAAUGCUGACCUUACUAGUCAGAAGACUGUGGAAGAUAUUUCGAAUUAUUGCAAAUCAGAUGAAUUGCAGGGCUUGGAAGAGAAUUUCUCUCCAUCAUGCUCAGCAUUAUCAGAUAGCAAUAAUGUGAAUGAAAGCCUUGUGGACCACACAAGGCCUAUACAGAGUACAUUAACUGAAUCUCAAGAAAAGACUGAAGAAGGUACAAAAAAUAUCACUUCAGCUAUCCAUGAGCCAACAUGUAUUCAAGAGAGCUCAACACUAGACAAAGUGCCAGUAGCCUCAGUUGAUGAAAUACAGUCUGAGCCAACAGAAGAACUACCUGAAGCAACACCUUCCACUGAAAAUACACACACAAAUUCAAUAAUUGAUGAGCCUCAGUCCUUGGAAAGUAAAGCUCAAGACCAAGAUUCCUCAUUGGAGAUGGAAGUUUCUCAACUUUCUACCACUGCUACUCAAGAUGCUGUAGUGAUGCAUGAGGCAGCACCAGAUGAACGAAGGCAAUCCACUGAGUCAACAAAAGAGGAGCUGGAAGAGCAAAUGGAAGCUAACCGAACAGAACAAGAUAUUCCUCAGAGGAUUACUCGUAACAGAGCAAACAUACUAGCCAAUCAAAGCAAACAAUCUGCUGUCAACUGUGCGCAGCUGCCUGACAAAGAUACAGAAUCCUCCACACCUGUGAAAACCAAGGCUAAGUUUACAGAGGAGGAAGAAGGUCAGGUGCAUCAUCCACAUAAACGAAAGAUGCCACGAGUUCCACAUCCUGCGCAAGUGAAAUCUACAUUGCAACAAGCUAAGGAAAAGACUCAGCAGUCACUGGCAGCCAUUGUAGAUUCUUUAAAACUAGAAGAAAUUCAACCUUACCAUUCAGAAAAGGCAAACCCUUACUAUGAAUAUCUCCACAUUCGAAAAAAGAUAGAAGAAAAGCGUAAAGUGCUAUGUAGUGUCACUCCUCAAGCACCGCAGUUUUAUGAUGAAUUUGUUACAUUCACUGGAUCAUACCUGCUGGAUGGAAACCCUUUGAGCAAACUUUGCAUACCGACUAUAACUCCUCCUCCAUCAUUGUCAGAAGCACUGAAAGAACUCUUCAGGCAACAUGAAGUUAUACGAAUGAAGCUUCGAUUACAGCAUAGUAUUGAACGGGAGAAACUCAUUAUGUCAAAUGAGCAGGAGGUUCUGAGAGUCCAUUACCGUGCAGCAAGGACACUAGCAAAUCAGACUUUGCCUUUUAGUGCCUGUACUGUGCUUCUGGACGCAGAAGUUUACAAUAUGCCUCAGGACCCUCAGGGUGAUGAAAACAAAACAUCAGUGAGAGAUCGAUUCAAUGCACGUCAAUUUAUGUCAUGGUUGCAGGAUGUGGAUGAUAAGUUUGAUAAAUUAAAGACAUGUCUUCUCAUGAGACAACAGCACGAAGCUGCAGCAAUGAAUGCAGUGCAAAGACUAGAGUGGCAGCUUAAACUACAAGAGCUUGAUCCUUCUUCACACAAAUCUUUGAGCAUCUUUGAGAUUCCAGAGUUUUACAUCCCUCUUGUUGAUGUCAAUGAUGACUUUGACUUGACACCAAUAUGAUUGUGCAUGUGUUUUGGAGGUUUUAAGCAAGUGCAUAAAAUGACUUAGUUACAGUCACUGCUGAAAGAUACAGGACAGUUACAGACAGGCUUGUGUAUUUAGCUCCAGAGCACUUUGAAGAUAAGUGAAGAAUUGAGGAUAUGGGUGCUUGUGGCAACGAAGGUGCAGUUCCAUUCCUGCAUAAUGACAUGAGAUUCAGCACUAACGCACUGUGACUUCCCAUCGCUGUUUACCAGAAACCACUACUACAUUUCAGUAGUAUACAUAGCUGAUAUAUAGGUAUCAUUCACUCUUAAUAUCUGCCUAUACUUUAAAGUUUACAAGAUGGGGGCAUUUGCUGCAUACGCUAUGUUAUGUUCAUACCAGCAGCGCUGGCAGCUGCAAGGUGAUAGGGGCAUAGACAAGUGAUACUCUAUCCCUAAGAAGGAAUUCAUGGUACAGUAGAACCUCACAUUAGCACUCAUGGGUAGAGUGCUGCCUCAUUUAUAAUAUUACACAAUGGCUCAAAACUACAUAGGCUUUUCAUCUUGAAAUAUACAGAUCUGUUUUUGGAUAACAUUCUAACAAGAACUCAAAUUUGUCUUUCUAAUUUCAAAGAAAAUACCAUACUUUACUGUAUCUUUUUCUCUCAAUUCAAAACAGAAACUACUGCAUUAAGAGGCACUUGCUGGUUUUGUAAAUGUUUCAGAAAUUAAUGGUAUUUAAAUACUUUCUCUGUUUACAUGCUUGCACUUUGUUAAAAUUAUUCACCUUAUUGUUUUGAGCACUUCAAACUCUUUUCAUCAACUUACUUUUAAAAAAAACACUUUUUCCACAUCUCUUAACCUUGGGGGCUGUCUAAGUGUUUGCCUUUGUGGGUCAUAUAGGUUCAUGUGAAGGAACCUUGGGUGGGGAAACUCAAAAGAAGUUUGAAUUCAUGUUCCAAUUAAUUUCCUCCGAUCUCAAGGUGCUGAUGGUAACAGGUCAAAUGUUAGAAUGUAUCUACAAGUCAUCUGCCAUUGUUGAGAACAAUCCCUUCUAAACUUCCAGCCUUUCAAACUUCAAACCGUACAAACCACCAAAAAACACAAAUGGGACUAAGUUGCUGGGGUUCAGGAGCCACAUGUAGACUGAGGACUAGGGGUUGGACGCACCUUUCUUGAGCUAGCUGCUCCGCUAUAAAUGUUAAUUAUUUGCUCAGCUCACCAGUUCACUUUGCAAUGAUGGUUGCAGAGCUUUGAUUUUAAAAUAAAACAUUCUCAGCACGAUUCAGUAUCUUGUUCUGCUGCUGCCACUUUGUUCACUAUCACUUUUAUAAAAAUAUUAUCCCAGCAACUAAAGGUUAGAGCAUAUGCCCAUUAAAUGCAAGGCACUAGUUUAAAUUCCGAUCUUGACCCAGGUUUCUGGUUGAAGGUGGUUAGAGAAGCUAUGUGAGUUUAUCAUUCUCAUUUAGGUAAGCUUGAGAAGAUGGGGAAAAGCUGAGCCAAAGUGUCGAGCUUGCCAUACUGCUCAAACAGUGCUCACCCUGGGUUCAUGAAGGAGUGGCCUUGAUGUCUUGUCAGCCAUAUUGUUCUCAUCAAAGAGAAUUAAGUAGCUGUAAGAGAGAAGACUGGGGUUAUUUAAAGCUGCCUUUACAUUUGUUUAACACUGAAUUAGAACCACCAGUUCUCAAUGAAAGGUCCUGUGCAGCCAAUGCCAGCACCAAAGUAAUUACUGAAUUUGAUAAGGCUGGCCGCUGGGAAGACCCCAGUACUAAGUGUUCUCUAUCUUUGGCCUUAAUUAAUCCAACAUGCUUGCUUUGAUGUUGCCACCAGUUGCACACAACCUACAUCUGAGGAGCCAGUGGCAUUGCCAGCAAACUAAAGCAAUAUAGAAACUGCUUAGUAGACAUGCUGACAUUGCUCCUCACUGUAACCUAUUUGCCUGGCUCCCAAGUAGUACAUUAUAGCUGGGCCCUGUUAUAUUUCCCAGUAAGCAGUUGUACCCUAAGAAAAUACACCUUAGGGCUUUUAUUGCUUUACUGCCAUGAAAAGGCAAGCACUAUACUCUGAAUAAGACUUAGCUGAAUUUUAAGAAAGAUAGACAAAUUAGUAACAAAAGAAUCGUCCCACCUUUUUCAUUUCACAAUUAUCUGUUUUGAUCUUAAAUAUUGUACAGAUUGUCUUGUUUGUUUUUGGGGCAGGGGAAAUUCUGCACAGAUGUAUUAUUUUGUCCUUUUUUUAAAAUAAGUUAUUUUAUACAUAUCAUUGCGCAGAUGUAAAUAACAUUGUAUUUAACAAUAUUGUUUAAAAUAUGUAUAAAGAAAAUUAUAUAGUUAUUUUGAUUGUAUAGCUCAUUAAUUGUCUAAUGUUUCAAUGGACCAAAGUUGCAAUUGAUAGUUGGUUUUAUAUUGAUUGUAGUGUGCUGUGGUUUGACCUUGUUUGUUAGGCAUGUGUUUGGGUUUGCUUUUUUACAUUGCCGCAACUGUUCGAGAAUACACUUACGAUGCAAUGCAUGCAUUACCAGGUUAUCUUCAGUGUCCUGUUCUUCUCCCCUUCUUUCCCCACACCCUGAAGAAAAAUCUGCAGCAGAACCUAUUUUUUCAGCACAAAUGCUUUUUGAAUUAUAGUUCUAAAAGUGUAAAUUGUUUAUUUUAAUAUUUACCUGUUGAUUAAUAUGUAAAUACAUGUAAAUAUAUUGUUAAAUAAAUUUUAAUGGUCAUGUUAA